CCGAGCAGUUCGUUCAACGCACGGCACAGACUUCUGAAAUCUUUGGAGUGGGUUUUUCUCCACUAAGUCUGACUCAAGAGCCAAGCGACAGCUGAUAUGGGGAGAAAUGGUCAGAGUUGUGAGCUCUGCGUGGAGGAAGAGUGGGAGGCAAUGUAUGGAAAUGGCUCAGGAAAUUAAAGUUUGCUUGCAGUGUGGUUUGAGAUGAUUCAGUUGGGGGGGGAGCAGGGAGCUGGGCUGUGCUGUGCUGAGGAUGCGCUCCCCAUGGGCAGAGCCGGCGCCGGUGAGUUCCCUCCUUCCACCCCGCUCCUCUCUCUCCCUUUGCGGCUGAUUGAACGAAAGUCCGGCGUGGCUUCGGGGAGGACAGCGGGGACACCUCAGUGCAGCCUCUCGGACCGUAGCAGAGGAGCGGUGCAGCCCGGCUGCUGCCAGCCCUGACGUUUGGAUUGCCUGGCUAAUCUCGUUACGGGGACGGAUGAGCAGAGUGCAGGCGCGCAGGGCUGCAACAGUGCAAAAGUAGCAGAGCAUCCGUAUUCGUUUAUCCAUUAACGUCCUUUGUGAUUUCCAGAAGCAUUAGGAGCUCCUUUCUGGCGGAGCUGCGAUUCCCUCCUGCAGUGCCGCCGGAGUGCUCCGUGUUCUGCUGCUGAGCUCGGGCUGAGGUGAGUGCAUCCCUUCCAGCUUGGGGCCAGAGCUCCUAUUUCUCCUUUCUCUUCCCUCCACGGAGCUGUUCCACUUUGUGCUGCCAUCCCUGAGGGGCUGCUCGCUGGCAUCGCCUCUCUUCUGACCCCCUUGCACACCGUUCCCUUGCCAGCAGGCUGCUGCGAGGAACUCCCAGGCUCAGGGCAUGUCCAUCAGAGCCAUCUGAGCCAUUGGGUUUUGGGGUCCUGGGAUAUCCCACAGCCACCCCAAAGAGUCCAUGGAGCCCGGUGGCGAUGGUGCCAAUGCCAGCACCUCUGGGCUGGCCCUGCAGAGCCACCCCAAUGGCAGCACACAAUUCACUGGGGUGCAGCUCAUCCAGUCCUUCAAACCCCUCAUCAUCCCCUGCUAUGCCCUGGUGGUCCUGGUCGGCAUCUUUGGCAACUACCUGCUGCUCUACGUCAUCUGCAAGAGCAAGAAGAUGCACAACGUCACCAAUUUCUUCAUUGGGAACCUGGCCUUCUCGGACAUGUUGAUGUGUGCCACCUGCGUGCCCUUCACCUUGGCGUACGCCUUCAACCCGCAGGGAUGGAUUUUUGGGAAGUUCCUGUGCUACUUUGUGUUCCUGAUGCAGCCCAUGACAGUCUAUGUCUCUGUGUUCACGCUCACGGCCAUCGCAGUUGAUAGGUACUAUGCCACCGUGCACCCCCUGAAGAAGCGCCUGUCGCUCACCAGCUGCAUCUAUGUGGUGGGGGCCAUCUGGCUGCUUUCCUGCGCCCUGGUGGCCCCUGCGGUGGCCCACACGUACCACGUGGAGUUCCAGCAGCAGGGCUUUGCCAUCUGCGAGGAGUUCUGGAUGGAGCAGGAGGAGCAGCGCCUGGCCUACGCCUACAGCACGCUGAUUGUCACCUACAUCCUGCCUCUCUCUGCUGUCUCCCUGUCUUACCUCUGCAUCUCUGUGAAGCUGCGUAACCGCGUGGUGCCCGGGCAUCCCACGCAGAGCCAAGCUCAGUCUGACCGUCUGAGGAAGAGGAAGAUUUUCCGCCUCAUCGUGCUGGUGGUGGCUGCUUUCGGGGUGUGCUGGCUGCCCAUCCACGUCUUCAACAUCAUCCGUGACAUCGACAUCGACCUCAUCGACAAGCAUUACUUCCUGCUCAUCCAGCUGCUGUGCCACUGGUUUGCUAUGAGCUCUGCCUGCUGCAAUCCUUUCCUCUACGCCUGGCUGCACGACCGCUUCCGUGGGGAGCUGCGCAAGAUGUUCUCCUGUGAGCCACGAAUCCUCCCAGCCAGCCACUGUGCUGCUGCUGUGCUCUGAGCUUGGCGCUGGCACUGGGGUGUUGUUGUUCUGAAUGAAUGAAAUAAGGCCCUGGGAAAGCCAGGAGGUGUUUGGUUGGGCUGUAAUUAGCUGCCUGUCACGUUAAUUUAAUAGUAUGACUUUCAUUAAAUCCAUGAUUGGGUGUUGAGAAUGGAAUUUUUCAUGAGGUGGUCAAACCUGGU